UACGGUGAGGAACGUCAGUUACUCUUCGACACUCGCGCGGAAGAGUCUGUGCGUGUUUUAGCGGUCGGGGAUAUUCGCCGGGUCCCUAUCACGGAGUGUCGAGUAUCUCGUUCAAAGGUGUUUUACCCCACCCCCUGCGUUUCCUCCGACCCCCCCUCGGUGACGCGCGCGGGCGAGAAUCGUGAUACGCGCAGUAUCGCGGAGAUCUCAUCCGGGUGUACGGUGAGAAGUUGGCGGAGUACGCGAGUACCGGCGUCGAGAGAUCUCGGCGCGCGCGCGACAGAUAAAAGCCGGCUACGCGACGAGUACGAUACGCGGAACGGCAGCCGGGAGCCGGGAGAUAUAUAGAGAGGGACGGCCCGGCGCGUGUGUGUUUUCGCCGUUUUAAUAGUGAAUGCGCGAGUUUUCGUCGUCGGGAGUUAAACGCGCAGCGAGAUACCGCGCGCGCGGACGCGGAUGGAUGUCUAAAGUGAAGUAAGAAGCAAGAGAGUAAGAGCGAGGAGCGAGAGAGGGAGGCCCCCGGGAAACCCGGCAGUCAGCCACGGACGACUUCAGGCCGGCAUUUUGACGUUUGCUCCGCGUGUCUUCCCCCCUCCGCGUUCCCUCCCCGCGUGUGAUGAAUACUGUCGCAGGUGAGACGUGCACGCGACGCCAGCAGACAGAGCGUCGAGCCGCACGAGUGAUGCCUUGUUCGCAGUGAGAUUUUUUCCCCUCCCCCUCCCCCUCGGUCGUUUUCGCGUUUUCUCGCCGCGCGGCAGUUAGCGGCAUCCGGCUACGAUAACAAGCGGCAGGGACGACGCGGCGGGUACAGUUCUUCCUCGGUCGUCGCGCGACAGGUACAGAGAAGAGGAAAGGGUGAAAGAGAGGAGAGAGGAGAGAGAGAGAAAGAGAGAAAGAGAGAAAGAGAGAAAGAGAGAGAGAAGUGCGCGCGUCCGCGGACACCGGCGGGUAUCGGGAGCCGUUAUCGGGAAGUGUGGCGGCGGAGAAUUUCACGCGAUUCCAUAACCGUCCCAGGAUCCUCGCGGCGACGCGCGCUCCGUCGGGGUCUGUCUCCGCUACUCCGCUCGUCGCUUCGUCGCUCGCCGCCGGCAUUCUCUCGCGUCCUCUAUAUACGGUGGUGGGGAGGGCUCUCGCCUCUUCCCCGAUGAUACGCACGUGCGCUCGCCGCUACUCGCUACUACGUUUACGUGCGUGCGUGCGCCCGGGACGCGUUCAGUGAAUCGAGUUCGUAGUAUCUCGUCGCGCGAGUGACGCGAGUUGUGUCCGGUCAGUAUACAUCGUUCUCGUUCUCGGGUCAGUUCUCGGUUCGGUUCAGUUUGAGAUUACGCUUACGCGGGCUCGCCGCCACCGCCGCCGCCGCCGCUGCGUUUCCGUGUGUGUGGGGCACCUGCUGCUUGAAGAAGGAGGCCGAAGCGGAGAGGACUUUCGCAGCCGCGCGUAGCCAUGGAUACGCUCCUACCGAGCGGCAAUAUAUUUCGAGAGCUGCAGGACAUACACGACACCGGAUACUUCUCGGCCCAGCCGUCGCUCGAGGAUCACUGGCAACAGACAUGCUACGAGAUGGAGAGGUACCUGAAGGACGAGCCGAAGUUACAAUCGUACAAAAAACUCCCCACGGAACUGGACACAGCGCCCUGGAACCUCUUCAGGGCACCAUCGAUCUCAUGGACGACGUCCACCGGAACGAGCGCACAAUUCGACGCCCCAAUCAAAAUGGAAGUGACGACGUCAGACGAAAGAGAUCCCCUCUGUCUGGACGACAUUAAAUUCAGUCCUGGUGAUCAUAACGAGAAUGGCCGCGAUAGGGAUCUUGAUCGUCACCUCGACUCCUUAUCGAUGUCCUCGGCGAGUUCGGCGUGUUCAGCACUGUCCUGGGACAGUUCACCCUCCCUGUCUUGUACGGCGCUUAUUCUUAAAAAAGAACCGAGCGAAGACCUUGAGGAGGAUGAGGAGCAUGAGGAGAUCGAGGAGGAGGAGGACAGCGGGUGCGAAAGUGAAGGUCAGAUCCUGACGCCGCCGUCGAGUCCCGGGUCGGGUCAAGGUCAUUCCAACUCCAGUCACUCGUCGAGUGGGAGUUCGAUGCUCGACGUGCACAACCUCAACCUUCACGGCACGGGCGGGAGGAGUGCCAUCGUCAGGGUUACCGCCGGGAACGCGCAGGGUGUCGCAAGACUGAUCUCCGUCACGGCGAACGGCUUCCCCGCGGUAGCCGGCACGCAACACGCGCACGCGGGCGCAACCGCGGCCACGACCACCGUGGCUAACAGGCACCACGCGAGGAGCAACGAGCACAGUCCGCCCGACACGAAACGCAGGAUACACAAAUGCCAAUUCCCCGGGUGCAAGAAGGUGUACACCAAGAGCUCGCAUCUCAAGGCCCAUCAAAGGACGCACACGGGGGAAAAGCCGUACAAGUGCAGCUGGGAGGGCUGCGAAUGGCGAUUUGCGCGUUCGGACGAAUUGACGCGCCAUUACCGCAAGCACACCGGCGCGAAGCCGUUCAAGUGCCGGCAUUGCGACCGAUGCUUCUCCCGCAGCGACCAUCUAGCUCUCCACAUGAAGAGACACGUGUAAUCAAUCGUCACCGCGAGCGGUCGCAGCCGUGCGUCGCACUCCGCGGUUGAGACCGUCGAGACCUCUUCCUCGUAAAAGAUCGCGGAGAUCUUCAUUUGCACGGCGAAAUUCACGCGAUCUAGCAUUUUCCGAGGUCACCUAGUAGUACGCUGCAAGUAGAAGGCGAUUGAGUAUCGAACGCCUAAGCUUGAUGAACAAACAUCAAGAGAGAGAGAGAGAGAGAGAUUCUACGAAAGUAGCUGUAUUAGGUAUUCGAGAUUCGUCAGACUCCGUCAUUGACGGAAAACCCGUUUUCGAGGGUCACUUGAGGAGAUCGAUGAUUAGCGAGACGCUGUUUGGAGACAAUCGAAGAUCGAGUUUAUGUCUAAAACGAUCGACAGGGACGAUUCGGAAGAAGGCUUGAUGAGCAGUCAGAUGAACGUGUUAUAGAGUAACGCUUCAUCGAAGUCCAAAGAGUCACGUGCAUAACGACGUGCAUUUCCUGCGAAAUGCUCUGUAAGAUCAAAAGGAGAAAAAUAAGUAAAUCAACGACAUUUGUCUUUAAGAGCCAAAGGAAUCGCGCGAGACAAAUUUUCGAUCCCGUUAACUCGCGCGAAUUUGAGGAGACGGAAACGUCGACGGUCAGCAGUGAUCCGGAAGAGAGAUUGCUACCAAUGUAAUAUAAAAGAGGGGACCUCCGGGGAAGUUGCCGAACAAAGAAGUCGCCGGGGAAGUCUCGCACGAGAGACGUCAAUCACUGCCAAUUCGUUACAUUCUAAGAUCAGCGCUACCGUCGAAGAUUUCAAGCUGCGACUUUAGCCACCGGAGGUCUUCGAGAAGCGAGAAGCUGACUGGAGAAAGCCUAAAGUUUUCGCCGAUCCUCAAUGGCGCACGGCACGGGUGAAUGUUCAUUCGCGAUAAAAAAAUAAAUUUGGCACAUACACACACACAUACAUACAUACAUACAUACAUUUUUUAAAAUUGCAAU